AUCUGAAGUCAAUCUACUCAUUCAAAAUCAAAGGGGCAUCAAGAUAUUGCUUCAAGAGUCUUAAGACAUUAUGACACAAUGAUGUUGCAUGUUCUCUGCAAAAGCACAAGGUGUUUUGGUUAAUGGUGGUGCUUGACUUCUUUCACAUGUAGGACUGUUCAAUGUUGAAUAAACAGCUGGUUGCUAUAUUCCCUACAGCUGUUUAUGCUCUCUGUACUGGUGGUACACCAUUGCUAGAUAAAGGACUUUCCCCGUCACACUAUGUUCCUGAAACUCUGAAUGAUGUGAAGGUCGAAGAUCAUACACAUGAAAGUGAGCAUGAAUUUUUUGAAUGCUCCGUUGAAGUUCUUGCAAGAAUUGGACAUGAAUCUGAUCUGGAGGACGUUCAAUCACCUAGUUGCCAAAGCAUACGUCUUCCCCGGCAGAUCAGAGAUCCACUUUGUCACGAAGUCGAAAAUCACAUUCUUGAAAUUAUAAAAGAUGAAGAGCAUGAAAAGAUGUUUCUAUCUGAUGUCAUCUUCCUCUGUGCUAUUUUAUCAAACUUCAUGUAUUGUUCAUAUAGUACAAGGCUAGGAGAAGAAAUUGUGCCUUGCCUUGCCACUCUGAGUCAAUAUGUGUCGAAGUUGUUGGAUCGAGCUGCUUCUAUCUUAGAGAAAAGUUAUGACGACCUCGUUUGUGGUUUGUCGGGUUCAAGGUCAAUAUUUGACACAAUUGGGACCAUUCGUGUGUCCUUUGAAAGCUUUCUAUGCUCCCCAUUGUUUAAUGAAAUGCAAAAUGACAACAGCAUAGACGUCCUAGCUGCAGUAAUUCAAUCUGUGGAGAGGAUUCUGAAGGUUCUUGCUAAACUGUAUGAAGGAUCCUCGAGUAGUGGAAGUAAUUUUCAUUCAAAGAGGGACGACCUUGACUCUUCUGCAUCUGUUUCUAGUCACGAUUCUCAUCCAGUAAAUAGCCGUACUAGUAUGAUCAUGGACAUGGAGUUGGAUGUGAACAUUAGUUCCAAAGAUACUGAUGCUGUAAAAAUUGGGGGAAAAGCUACUGCCGAAAUAUUGGCUUCGUCUGUAAAUCAGAGAAUGGAAGUCGUAUCGAUCAUCACAAAGUUCUUUUCAGCUUUACCAUUUCAUACAUGGGAUGUCAUGUUUGAGCUCAUGGAGAAAGAAAGUGAUCCAAGGGUCCUGGAAGUAAUCAUACAUGGCCUUUGUCAACAUCCUCAUUGGUCUUCCAGCAGAAAGUUCUUAAAUUUGGUUACAUCCUUAAAUGAUUUCCUAGACAUUCAGGCAAAUCUCAAGGUCCAGUCUCUGAAUGUGCUAGCUGCCAUCUGCAGUUUGUUGGAGAGUCUUUUAUCCCUUGAUGAUGUUGCAAAGUUCAAAAGAAGGACUCUGUCUUCACGGGAAAAAUUAUCUGAAGAGGGCUUGAUUUCUCUUGGAGACCUGGUGAACAAAAUUGCAGACAGCGACCUCUUUGAUUGGGUUGGCCGGACCAAGCUUAUUGAUUGCAUUUGCAAUUUCAUUUUAGUGGAUCCUCAAAUUGGUCAGUCUAUGAUUGAAAAGCUGAUGUUGAUGCUUCGGGAUCCUGAUUAUCGAGUUAGGUUAUGCUUCGCUCAACGAGUUGGUGUGCUUUUCCAAACUUGGGACGGUCAUUUUGAACUAUUCCAGGACAUAUGGUACGAUGCUUGGUUUUCUUUUGCUUUUUGUUGCAUUAUUACCUUUUUAGUCUGUCAAACUAACUGAUUGGCCAGACAUAAC